AAUUAACCACGGUUAACACUUGGUUGAGUUGUGCGUGUACUCGCGGGUUCUAAUAUUUCUUCUGUUCGAAGGUGCGGUGACAAACCCAUGAUUGAUAUCCUCCAUACUCGGUGCCGAGACGGCGGAGAGUGCAGCGAGACAUCACUGUACCAGGUCUGCCUCUAUAGUUUAAUACCACUGCAGCUUCGGCCCCCCUCACAAAAUAAUGAUGGUACCACGAGAACAAUGCCUUACGGUGAGAAGGAGGAGUCUGUUGUGAAGGGAUGAAUAAAUGCCUUCAGGACGGGGUUAUCGAGUAGACAAGAAAAUAAUUACCUGGUUUUUCUCAACAUCCGACGAGUGAUAGGAUUUCUGGACAAGAACAGAAACAUGGGACAGCAGCAAGAGCUUGUGGAAUUGCUUUGGAGAAAUGGUCACGUUGUCCAGCAGGCCCAAAAUCACAAGAAACAGUUGGGUGGUUGUAAAGAAUCGCAGUAUAAUAUGAGAACAGAGGAGAAGAACGAGCGUGCAAGCCUGGAGAAGAAUGAAAUUGGAUGGACCCACCAAAGUUUCAAUCCGGGGGGUGAAACUGCACCGUGGCUACGUUCCUUUCCUGAUGAUCCGUUUGAUGAACUGUGCUCAAAUUUUUUUGACGAGAUACCAAGUGUUGUUGCAGCUGAGCCUGCGAGGACAAGAAACGAAGCCCCAGGAAGGGAGAAAACAGUAAAACAAUGUAUUUCUGACGCUGUAACCAAGGUUCAAGAUUGCAAAGCUGGUAACUUGCCCAAGAACAUGGAUGAAUCAAAGUUCGUUUUUUCAUCAUUAUCCCAUUCAAGUUAUGAGGGCAACUCUUCUGGAAACCAUGUUGCACCUGUGAUGCUGCCCCCUAAAGGACAUCUAACUGUUGACACAAAGCCAUCAACAUUGCAUCAGGAUGCUGCAAAGCUUGUGAAUUUCUCACAUUUUUCUCUGUCCGCAUUGAUUUCUAUGGCUAAUACCGACCCAACUUGUGAAGCUCUUGGAUACAAGCCGAAGAAUCCAGUUGCGAAGUCUAUAGGCGACCCAUUAGUCACUGCAAAUGGAUCAAACAAUUAUGCGAUAGAUCAGAAUCAAAUGCAGUUGGAUCCACCUUUCCUCUCUACUCAAUCUGCUGAUAAUGUUUUAUCUUUGGAAAAUGACGUUCCAAGAGGGCUAUUAACCACUGGUGACAAAGGACAACAACUUGCAGGCGAUGUGCUUGAAGGAACCUCAUCUUCAGGUGCAUCUGGCUGCAGUACUGGGAAGUUUGGCGAGCAAACUACUGGCAAGAAUAGCCAGAAAAGAAAGGCCAGGGAUGUCGAAGAGUCUGACUGCCGUAGUGAGGGUAUCGGAUACGAAUCUGUUGAAGCUAAGCGACCAUUUUCAAAAUCUGCUUCAUCUCGCAGAAGUCGAGCUGCUGAAGUCCAUAAUCUGUCAGAGAGGAGACGUCGAGAUCGAAUCAAUGAGAAGAUGAAAGCAUUGCAAGAGCUUAUACCCCAUUGUAACAAGUCAGACAAGGCUUCAAUGUUGGAUGAGGCGAUUGAGUACUUAAAAUCUCUUCAGUUGCAAGUGCAGAUAAUGUGGAUGGGUGGAGGAAUGACACCAUAUAUAUUUCCUGGUAUUCAACACUAUUUGUCACCAUUGGCUGUGGCUCAUGCAUCUCGGCCUUCCUUACAUGGUUCCAUGCCGUUGCCAGAGAUCCCACUGGUGGACCAAUCUAGAACCACUGUCGCUGGUUCAGAUCAGUUAACACAAAGGUCACCCAUCCAAUCUUCUGAUAUGAACAUCCAGGAAUAUUACGCCCGCCAACUUAGUAUUCAGCAAAUGCACAUAGCAUCACAGAUGAUGCCGCAGAAUCAGAGAACCCUUGAAACUCUGGGCAGUAGCAGUGUCAUUCGUGAUUCUGGGACCCGAUGUGAAAAUUUCCAGUUUUGCAAAUCUGAUUAAAAAGAUUCUUCGGCUUGCAAGCGUUCAGAUAUUUGUAUUUCAUGUUUAAUGAAUGCACUUCAGCCACCGGCGAACCUGCAGCAGAUAACAGCUAAUGAUUGCUGCCAGCUCAACUAAUAUGGUCCCCAGAGAAACAAUGAGUUGGUAAUUUGUACGUCAGCUGAAACCUUCAAUUAAAUCCUUUUGGAAUAUAGUUGGAGCUGUAAACGUGGUUGUAUUUAUACUAGUCUCUGACAUACCAUAUGUUGCAUUGAAUGUUGAGCCAGUCACAUGCCUGCACUUGCAACUGAAGAGAUUUUAAGUACUCAAUCGCCUCAUCCAACAUUGAAGCCUUGUCUGACUGAAUAAUAAGAAACGGACUAAGUAAAUGUAGCUGUACUGGUUCAUGAAAUAAUAAAUGAUGUAAUAUUGCCUUUCA